AAAUAAAACAUUAAUGUCCAGAACACAAUAACAUAUUAACUGUUUUUGUCAUCCAAAACAGAUCGAAUAAUGAGCGUAGCGGUAGUGAACAGCUUCACCAUAACAGAGUUCGUAAAUGACAAGGCUAAGUUUGAUGGUUUCGUGAAUGAAUGGUUUGCGAGGAUAGAUGAGAAUGGCGAUGGGAAGCUUUCGCGUGACAAAAUCCGAGGGAGGUUAGGGAUGCUCUUGCCUUUCGGUUCGGAGUUGCCGCCACAGCAAGAGAACGAAGAGAUAUUCAAAAGGUUCGAUGAAGAUGGGAAUGGUGCACUUGAUCUGAAGGAGUUCAAGGCCUUAAUGACCGAGAUUAUGAAUGCCGCUGCUCGUAGCAUUGGUGGCUCUCCCGUCAUUGUGCUUCUUGGAAAAGAUAGCUUGCUCAUGAAGGCUGUUCAACAUGAAUUGGCAACUCGCUCUUCUCAUUCUUAGUAAACAAUUCAAUUCUAGAUCCGGUGAUUGUGGAUCAAUAUUCCUGACAUAGAUUUCCCCAAUUAACUGCAGAACAAAACUAUAUAUGCCUUUUGAUUUUGGCCAUGUUUCAACUUUCAAGGGUAUAUUAGCUUUAAUGAAAGGCAGCCACUACUUUAGAUUUCAAAUUUUGAAGAUUUU